ACUCGACUUGAAUUUGUCAAACAAAACUAAUUAUUAAGGAAUAAUACGUGUGAAAUUGAGUUUAAUUUUAGCUAAAUUAAUAGUUUAAAAAUGAGUUGCAGGCCCGAUCUGGAUGUCUGUUCGAAAAACGAAUUCCUGGCCCACAUAAACGUCGGCUUAAAGUCCGAAUACGAGUUCGAGAACGGGAACGAUUGCUACGAAUUUAUUAGUAAACAAUUUGGUAUAGAUAAUAACGAAGAUAAUUGCAAGAAUAUGCUUUACCACAAGAAAGCCUCCAACCGAUUCGCCUUGAGGAGCAAACUUAGAGAUUCCAAUUUAGAGAAUCGAACGGAGAACAGUUUAAUCAAUCGAAGGAGUAAGAAGUGCCUUUGGGUUAAAGAGAACCAGAAACCGAGCAAAAUAAAGGAAGACACCUACCCCGAAUGCAGAGGAAUUGAUGAUUUAGAUAAAACGAUCUUAGAUAAUAUCACGAAAGCUAGUAAUUACAAUCAAAUUGAAAUCAUAUACGACUCGGAUAACACCCCUGAGUACAAAGAAAAAUUGAACUACUUGUGUUACGUUUGCCAUAAUAGUUUUACGAGUAAUGCCGGACGUAAAUCCCACCUCCCUUUACAUUUUAAGCAACAAACAAAGUUAACAACGUGCCCGUUCUGCGGGAAGAAUUUCCCAACAGGCAAGGAACUUAACUUGCACUACACCUCUCAUUUGACGAAAACUUUCACUGAAAACUCGAACAAACGGUGCAAAUUCUACGUUAAAAUAUACUCGAACAAAACGAAGAAGGUUCGGAAAUAAGAUGGAGAAUUUGCUCGGAGAGGAAUAGGAUUCGAGGUACUACUUAAAAUCGCCUUCGUGGAGGAUUUGGUUGAAUAAUGGAACAAUCACAACGACGUUCCUCUUUAAAUAACACGUUUAUUUUUGAAUUUUCGUGCAUAUAACAGCCAAAUGUUAAUAAACAGUUCAUUUCUCAAAUAAAAUUUGAAUUUUCAUUAACACAAUAUAUAUUCAAUUCGUUUGAACACCAAUCAUGGCAUCGAAAAAAUAAAUCUGCGUAAACAAUUAGAAUGAUAUGAAAAACACAAACGAUUUGAUUUGAAUGUAGUAAAAAAAGGGUUAGUAAGAGAUUCCGGGUCUAAUUUAAGUUUUUUUUCUAAUUCACCUAUAAACGAAUAUGAUUACAUCGAAUCGAUAAUUUAUUUUUACCUAUCUCAAGUGAGUAUUCAAACAAUAAAAUAUAUGUUUUCUUAAAGUGUAAACUGCGGCAGUUAACGUUUAAAUCAUACGUACAAAGUAAUUAAGUUGUAUCGAAAGCAAAGCUUGAAUAAUCCAAAUUUGUUGGUCUUAAAAAUAAAUAUAGAGCCAACUGCCAAAUUUACCUAACAAUAAAAUUACUGCGAUGUUAAAGGAACUAUAAAUUUCAAGUCUUAACUAAAAGUAGCGCAAAUAUACGAGUUAAAAUAUUUGAGAAGGCGUCUGUAGAAUUGACUAAUUGACCUAUGUGGAAAAAUGCGAAUUAUUUAAAAAUGUCUUCGUAUUUUUCCCAAACAACAUCUAAAUCUUAUUUAAUAUAAAUUCAAUUUUAACAUUUCCUGACUUUUCAAGCAAUUCAACUAACCAACAGUUAACUCAAUAUAUACUUAUACAUAUUUUUAGUCAAAUUUCUUAAUAAAACAUAUUCUACUGUAAACUAUUUAACUAAUCAGUAAAGAGAUUUUUCCUAUAAAAUGUAUCGAAUCAAUUCCAAUAGAGAGCUAUAGAAGAAUUACAAAAAUUAUCUCGCAAGACAUUAGAAUGUUUUUUCUCUGCAACCUUCAACUUUUCUGAAAACAAAGUGUAUGAAUAAGUAAUUAACAUGGAAAAUGUGCAUUUAAAUUGUUUGUUACAUUGAAAAAUUCUGCAUUUUAUUAAUGGAUAUGUUCAUUUCUAAAUUCCUCAUUAACUACCAUUCAACACUCCGUCUUAUUAUAACGAUAAAUGUAGUAAAAAAAUAAAAAUUACAACUAACAAAGCUUUACUCUUACGUGUUUUACGUUUUAUCGAUAAGUAUAUGUAUCAUGUAUUGCAAAUAGAGAGUUUAUUCUUUCAUAACUAUUCCGCUACAUCGAAUUCUAUAUGUACAACGAAUAUGUGCUUUUAAAGCUAAUUACAAUUAUAAUAGAAAUAUAAAAUCACAAUGAUAAUAGUUUGGGAUUUUUUCCAUGAAUCGUUCUUGGGACGGACGAAAAAAAUCUACAUUUGCCUCUUCAACACAAAAAAAAACAGGAUGGAAUUUUCUUUACGCAGAGCGAUCAAUUUAAGUACAAUUUUAUUAUUCCGCAAACGAUAAUUAUGUACAUACCAUCAUGUACCGAUCCCUCUGCACUUAACGCAUCGACUUUUACUAAACCAAUUGUUAAACAUUUCCAACAAGAGUAUUUCAAUUAAUACUGAAUUCGUAUACAAAACAAAUUUCGUACGCGCCAAGAACACCGAGUAUACAACAUCCAUACAAAUGUAAAUAUAGAUUGAAGAAACGAUUAAUUGAUGAUGUUUCUUUGACGAGUCUAAUAAAUGUUCCUCGAAAUAAUAAAAAAAAAGGAUACGACGAAUUAAACGAUUCAAGGAGGGGAUCAAUCACCGGCGUCCGGCCAUUUGUUUUCUUCUACAAUCCUCUCGAAACAGUCCAAUAAGUAGAU